UUAGGGAUUGUGUGGAUGAUUGAUGAGGUCUUUUAGCUUUAUCUACCGACAUAAACGAGGACACGAAAAAUAGACAUCUUUGUAGGAAGUCUCUCCCCAUUCCUUCACAUUCUCUCUUCCUCUUUAUCUCUCUCUGUCUCUCUGUUUCUGUGGAUUUUAUUCACAAGAAGCUACUUUCCUUUCUUGGCCAUGGAGUUGUGCCCUAAUGUGAAAGUCUCCGGUGAGUACCAGCCAGACCAACUUGCUUCAACCACUCUCGAUGACCUUUUCUCUGCUCAAAACAUGGAAGUGGAUAUGAGCUUGGAAUGGCUGUCGGUAUUUGUAGAGGACUGUUUGUCAAGCACAGGAAGUUGUCUUCCAGCACUACCUUCUAGUGGUCAAAACCCAACCUUAAACCCAAAAUUGACCAAAACCCAACAAAACCCACCUUCCUUGCACAAAUUUGUAAUCCCAGGAAAGGCCAGAACCAAGAGAAAAAGGACAUCCCCAACUGCCAAAACCAACAAGAGUGAUGCACUGACUAGUUGGUCUUAUAACCUAAACCCGCAUAACCACACUCUUUAUUUCACAUCCUCAGACCCCCCUUUGCUCCAACAAACACAUUGGUUAGCUGAUAGUGAACUAAUGAUACCCAUAAAACAAGAACCCCAAAGUAACAAUAUAGAAGAAACAAAAGAGGAUAAAGGGGAUGCUAACGAGGAGACAGAGAAAGAGGAGGUUAUGAUGAGUGUGGACGGUAAUGAUGGUGGUUUGUAUGGGAUGCAGCAGCAGCAACAACCAAGGAGGUGCACUCAUUGUCAAUCACAAAGGACCCCACAGUGGAGAGCUGGACCAAUGGGUCCAAAGACAUUGUGCAAUGCAUGUGGGGUGAGGUACAAGUCAGGAAGACUAUUGCCAGAGUAUAGACCUGCAAAAAGUCCUACUUUUGUAAGCUAUUUGCACUCCAAUUCUCACAAGAAAGUUAUGGAGAUGAGAAUGGGUCAUAUUCCCUCCAUUAAUCCUAGUGAUCAGUCACUUUUGUUGAGUUCCAAUCCCUCUUUUGUAAAUUAGAGUACCCUAGAUAAGAUCAAUAUGGGAAAUUCAUUGCUAUUUUAUUGUAGCUAAAUCAUUAUAUAUUCUGUUCUUUACUUGCCA